AUGGCAGAAGAGAGAUCGACGAACUCACCGCGUCAUAUCAUCGUCGGAAACCUGUCGAAAUUGUUGCUAGACGAUGCAGCGACGGCGAGCACCUCAUCCGAGAACUGGAGGGACGUGCGGCUUACAGAUGCACAUUCUAUACUUGAUGAUGAAUGGACGUCUGAUUCUUCACCAGAUCAAGCAUUCAUCCAAGUUAAGUACAUAGUGCAUUCAUCAAGAAUUCGAGACACAGACGCACCUCCAUACGAGUUCAAUUGUUCAACCGAAGACAUCGAUAAGUUGAUUUAUGAUCUAUCCCUGCACUCUGUCGCCGGACUUUCGAUCAACAUGAGGCGGUGCGACGGCGACUACGAGCUGCCGCCUUCUCUGUAUUCUUGCCGCGAGUUAAUUCAACUAAAACUGUCAAACUUCGCGUUGAAGUCUCGGCCGACGUUCGACUGCUUCAGGAGCAUGAAGCGCCUCGAGCUCGAGUGUGUUCGCUUGGACGAAGAUGCGCUUGAUCGCCUGAUCUCCGGCUGUCCUCAGCUCGAACGACUGGCACUGGUGGAUUUUGGCCGUUUGAGCCUUCUCAAAAUUCACGCCCCCAAUCUCGAGUUCUUGGAAAUCGGUGGCGUCUUUGAUCGUAUCAGUUUGGAGAGCACCUCGCGACUUGAUACUGUGAGGAUUGGUGCAUACGAAAACGCUGGAUAUGAUCAGAAUCCAAAGCUUGCUGGUAUCGGCAAUUUGAUCAAGUUUUUCGAAUCAGUUCCUCAUGUUCAGAGGCUUGAAGUGAAUAAUUUCUUUCUCAAGGUGAAUGAGAGGUUGGAGUCGGAUGACGAGGAAGAGGGCGAUACAGGUGAAAAGGAGACUGAGAAUUCUAGAAAGUGGUACCUGAGCAUUGGAAGGGAACCUGUAGAAAUGCUUCCGACUACUCAACUUUGGGGGAUGAAACACCUUUCCAUAAGCAUCGAUUUCAACUGCGCGAAUGAGAUUCGAGCGGCCUUCUGCAUUCUGAAAUGUUGCCCCAACCUUCAAGAGCUUCUUGUGCGGGUCUACGACGACGACGAGAAGGCUAGCCGGGAAACCAACGUACACGUUUGGAUGAAAGAUCAGAUGUUUCCAAUGAGUCACUUGAGAGUUGUGAAUAUAAGUAGGAUUCCUUAUGACGAAUGUGCUCUAACUUUCAUCGACUUUCUACUUGUUAACUCGCUAGUGCUUGAGAGGAUGACAGUAGUCCCCCGAUGCUCCGACUUGUGGGGGAAGCGACGGUUGUGCGCUCCGAAUCCACGGUGGUUAAAGGCAUUGCUGAGCUUCCGGCGAGCUUCGCCGCUGGCGCAAGUAAUUUACUUGUAA